UUCAGGGUUCUUUUUUUUGGUUGAUGUCUUUUUAUCCUCCACUAAAAUUUGGGAAUAUCAAUCGCAACCCAAAUACCCAUACAAGCUUAACCUAGGUUAGGACACUCAUGAUAUAAAGCCAAGUCAAGCUAUUAGCCUCAUGUCGCAUAUUCUAAUUAUUAUCUAUCUUAUCUAUGAAAAUCAAUUAUCUCUAUCUAAUAUGAGAAUGUCAUGUUAAGAACAUCCUGAAAAUAUCUAUUGGCAAAUGUUUUCCAGACUCAGACCACUAACCUCAUAUAGCCACCCCUUACGGCGCUUGAUAUGCUCAACUCGACUCCAAUCAGCAUCCUCGAUAGGCCCAAGCUUUCAUAAAAUCUCCGAUGAGGCUAAUAUAAAGACAAUUGCGGGUAGAGUUGAUUUAGAUUUAUUUCGUGAAGUCGCAUGGGUUCCCCAGAGCCCCUUAUUACAUCAACGCUUGCACAACUUUCCAGCUGUACAAAAAUGGUUCCUGUCUGGCGGAGCAAAUGGCCAUAUCAGCUUCACAGAUUAUAUGAAGGCAUAUGAGGAUACUGUUUUGUCCUACGAAUUCACUACCUCACCAGGUUCAGGAACUCAGGCACUGCCAAUAUUUCAAGCAUGGCUUCGCGAGUCGAGGGCGUACGGACAAUCCUAUCUACCAACCAUCAUUGAUGCUAUAAUACAAUCAUCAAAUGAAGCACAAGAAUCUCCAAAUAAUGCAUCAAAUUUCCAACAAUUCAGUGCUCCCUUGAGUCUUAUCAUGAGCGCAUGUCAAUUUAAUAACACGCAAGCUCACCCUUCUCAGCGCGUUACACAUCUCUAUGUUGCUCAGUCCGACAUCAAUCAUCUGCCUGAACCCCUUUCCCAAGAUGUACCUGUACCAGACCUUGUCAGGCAUGCUGGAAAGGGGGAUAUCUACAGUUCAAGCAUUUGGCUCGGCUUACAGCCCACCUACACGCCUUUACAUCGCGAUCCCAACCCCAAUCUAUUCUGCCAGCUUGUCGGUCGCAAAAAGAUACGCCUCAUGAAGCCAAGUCAAGGCGAUGAUACGUACGCUCGCAUCCGAAGGGAGCUUAAAUCCCACGGGAAUUCCCGGUUUAGGGGUACGGAGAUGAUGGGGGGUCGUGAACGUGAAUUGCUCCAUUGCGCCGUAUGGGAAAACGAAGCUGUGAGCGAAGUGUUUCUGAAUCCUGGCGAUGCUCUUUUCAUCCCUACAGGGUGGUGGCAUAGUGUUGCUAGCAGUGGCGACAAUGGAGCUCUCAAUGCCUCGGUCAACUGGUGGUUUAGAUGAGACGCAACUUAUCAUCGCGAGCUGCCAUACACAUUUAUACGAUACUUCGCAACAUGUUACGAGGCGGAACCUAGAAAACACAGAACAGCAUUGCUGUUACCCGAUACACGAGGAUCUACAUGCAGCCGUUCUUGUUGUAGCUAGGCCCCCGUAUAGCCUACUCCGCCUUCGUUGCCUCCAAAGCAGACCCUUGACACAACACACUCGGUCUUCCAAAACAGAAGUUCGC